CGUCGAUCCUCCUUCCGCUGGUUUAAUUAAUCGGUUUGUUUGCCUUAGCUUGUGGGCUCUCCUGCUGGCUGCAUCCCCUCCAUGAGAAAGCACUGCUUUUCUCUCCUCCCUUCUAAUCUUUAUAUAUCACCCGGUCGCCUCACUCCUACCUUGAUUUCUCUCUUCUACAUAUCUGCCUCGACCUCAUUCCCCCUCUUCCCUUAAUCCUUUACCUACACUCUCCAUCAGGCUUGACGCCCCUCCUUCAAAGCCAUGUCGGUUGUCUCUCUCCUCGGGGUCAAGAUUGUCAACAAUCCAGCCUCUUUCCUCGACCCUUAUCAAUUCGAGAUCACUUUCGAGUGUCUUGAACAGCUCCAGAAAGAUCUGGAGUGGAAGCUCACCUACGUCGGCUCGGCAACUUCCUCCGAGUACGACCAGGAACUCGAUUCCCUUCUGGUCGGACCCAUUCCCGUCGGUGUCAACAAAUUCAUCUUCGAGGCCGAUCCGCCAGACCUCAAGCGCAUUCCUACUUCCGAGAUUCUCGGCGUGACCGUGAUUCUUCUCACUUGCAGCUACGAUGGCAGAGAAUUCGUCCGCGUCGGAUACUAUGUAAACAAUGAAUAUGAUUCCGAGGAGUUGAUGGAGCAGCCGCCGGCCCGGCCGAUCAUCGAGCGCAUUCGUCGGAACAUCCUGGCUGAAAAGCCCAGGGUAACCCGAUUUGCGAUCAAGUGGGACUCGGAGGAAUCCGCCCCCGCUGAAUACCCCCCCGACCAGCCCGAAGCCGACCAGGAAGGAGACGACAGUGCUGCGUAUGGCGCGGAAGAAGCCGAGCUCGAAGCCGCCCUGUUCAACGAGCUCCGGGAACUCGAGGCGCCCAAGGGCGAGGAUCAAGACAUGGAGGGAACCGAAGGCCCUGCUGUCAAGGAGGAAGAGGAGGAAGACAUCUCGGAUGCCGAGAGUGAGGAUAUUGAGGAUGAGAGUGAUGAGGACGACGAGGAGCUCGAUGAGGAGGAGGGCGAUGAUGGCGACGACGACGUCGAGAUGGGCGAUGAUACCGAGCCGAAGGAUGAGUCGGCUGGAGGCGCCAGUAACAACCCGGCGGCUCAUCAGCAGCCCGAGCUGAUGGUUCACUAGAUGGACCCGUUUUCGUCCCGACUACACGCUGGGGCUGGUAUAUUUUUCUUAUUCUUAUCCGUCGAAUGAUUUUAUGAUUGGGUUGCAACGUUUCAUGACAUCCAUCUAUCAUCACCUCAAUCUUGCAGUAAUUAGUUAUGACAUAGAACGAACAUAAUCCGAACCAUAUCCUCAUGUUG